AUGUGGACGCGCGCCCAUGCCCGCCACCUCCUCGGCGCGGGCCUCCCUGUGGCCGCCGCUCCCUGGCUCCUGCGCGCGGGAGUGCUCUGUGCCAUCGCGUGGGGCUUCAGGCAGGCUUGCCGAGGGUCGGUUAAUUAUCGGGACGAGUUUCAGGAUACAGCGGAUCGGGGUCAGGUCCUCGAGACCGUGCUGCAGCCCGAAGAACGAAAAAUCAGAGACGAGGAGUACCAUGACUUGACGUGGGAUCAAAUGCGCCUCAGACUGGGCUUCCGGCGCAAGGGUUUGGCCAUGGUUCUGUGCGUUGUGCGAUUGAUUUUGUUGCACUGGUUGCAGGCCUUCUUUUACUGGCUGGCACUUUGGGCGUUCUACGACGUCAUCGGCAAAUGGCAGUUCGGGCUGGGCUUCUGCGUCGCCAUCCGGGAAGGCAUCUAUCCAUGGAUUUCGUGCUGA